AUGCUGGUCCUUCGCGAAUCGGAUAUCGCCCCCAUCCUUAAAGGGCUGACUCGUGACCAAUGCCACCGCCUCCUCGUUGCGCUCUGGCAAGCACUGGCACGCUACUCAACACAGAACAUGAGCCAACGGGCCGAGAAACUCAUCCACCAACCAAUGCGAGAGCAGAUUGUCACCUCGAAGAACAACAUUACUCUGUUCAUGCCAGCCUCUGAUACCAAAACCUCGACGGGUAGUAAAAUUGUCACCCUCCCGGGACACGGCGGACCGCCAAAGGGCGCAAUCAACAUUUUCUCUCCGGAGGGGGAUUUGGAGGGUUUAUUAAACGCUGAGCUAAUUACAGCGUUCCGAACCGCGUUGGCAAGUAUGAUACCGUUUCAACAAUUUAGCCUGCCAGAUCGUGCCAAUGUCCUAGUGUUUGGGGCAGGAAAGCAAGCGGAAUGGCAUAUUCGGCUUGCUCUGUUACUUGCAGGGGAGAAAAUUACAAAAAUUACAGUCGUGAAUCGUGGAACUAAGGGAUUAGAAAAAUUAAAGAGCGAUUUGGACGCAGCGCUACUCGAGGGCCCUGUGGUUGAUUACCUUGGGAGGGACUCGUCCGCAUUCACCACGGAGAUCCUUGCCACCAUUGUAGCUCAGGCCGAUUGCGUUUUCUGUUGUACGCCGUCCACAGAACCACUCUUCCCUAGCUCGUGUCUUGGGGAUAAACCCCAGUUCAUAUCCCUCAUCGGCUCAUAUAAGCCACACAUGCAGGAAGUCGACUCGACCACCCUUCUUUCUGGGGACAAUACCAUCUUCGUCGAUUCAAAAGAUGCAUGUUUACAUGAGGCUGGCGAAAUUAUCAAGGCGCGGGUAUCGGAGACCCAGCUGGUGGAAAUCGGGGAGCUGUUUGCACGACAUGGUUCGUCUUCGAAGCUCUUUGGGUCUGGCGGGAAUGUGGUCUUCAAAUGUGUCGGAAUGGGGAUUAUGGAUUUGGUGAUUGGGAGAGAGCUUCUCUCGCUCGCAAAAGAGACCCAAGCCGGAGUCAUGAUCAAUGACUUCUGA